GAUUUCAGCCAAAAAAUUCUUGUUAGCCAUUUCAGGUUAUCUCAUAUUAUUUUAUUAUUCAAUUAUUUAAUGUUGUUAUGAAUUGAUUUUUUAUUAUUAAAAUAAUGAAUAUAAUAAUUUACUAACAAAUCAUACGACUAUUGAUAAUGAGAUAAGUGAUAACAAUGAACUAGGAAUUAUUUCAGCCUUAUAUUUGAGAGGUUCAAAUUUUAUACGACAAGAAUAGUCCUCCUUUAAUUUGUCAUUUCUUAUCUUUGUCAACUAUGAAAUUUGCAAGUGCAUUAGCCUAUUGCCGACAGAAAAGUCCAAUGCAGUAGUUGUUAUAAAAGUAAUGCUAAGUCUCUUGAUCUUCAUCGAAACAGUGCCCAAAACCCAAACUAUGGCUUCCCUUUGCCCGCCAUUAUCCACCAGCUGUAGCACCAUUCCCACUUCCAUUACCUCUCCAUUCCUUCCAAAACCAUCCCAACAUUCCAUAGCUAGAAAGCAAAAGCCUAAGUUCAUCCCCAAUAUAGUAUCAUGCAAAGCCACAAAGAAUGACCAAAAUCCUAAUUACAAAUUUGAUAGAAGAGAUGUACUCAUUGGCCUUGGAGGUCUUUAUGGUGCAGCUAGCCUUAGCCAUGACCCAUUUGCAGUGGCAGCCCCAAUAUCUGCCCCACAGUUGGAAAAAUGUAGCCAAGCAGAUUUACCUGAAGGUGCGGAUCCAACCAAUUGUUGCCCACCAGUGUCAAGAAAGAUUUUAGAUUUUAAACCACCUUCUUCCAAUUCCCCUUUUCGCGUUAGGCCUGCUGCACAUUUAGUUGACGAUGCCUACAUGGCCAAAUAUUCCAGGGCCAUUGAGCUUAUGAAAGCUCUUCCUGCCAACGAUCCACGUAAUUUCACGCAACAAGCAAAUAUUCACUGUGCCUACUGUGAUGGGGCUUAUGACCAAGUCGGAUUUCCUGAUCUUGAGCUUCAAGUUCAUAAUUCAUGGCUCUUCUUUCCAUUCCACAGAUAUUAUCUCUAUUUUUUUGAGAAAAUUUUGGGAAAAUUGAUUGAUGACCCAAGUUUUGCUUUGCCAUUUUGGAAUUGGGAUUCUCCUGCUGGCAUGCAAAUGCCUGCCAUGUAUGCAAACACUAAAUCACCUCUCUACAAUGAACUUAGAAACCUAGGUCACUACCCGCCAAGACUACUUGACCUUGAUUACAAUGGUACUGACGAAAGUACAACAAACAGAGAUCAAUUGACGAGCAAUCUCAGAAUCAUGUAUAGGCAGAUGAUAUCUAAUAGCAAGACCUCCAGGCUCUUCCUAGGAGGUCCCUUCCGAGCAGGUGAUGAACCUUAUCAAGGAUUCGGUUCGAUUGAGAACGUUCCUCAUGGACCGGUUCACGUAUGGUGCGGCGAUGACACACAACCAAAUAGAGAAGACAUGGGAACUUUUUACUCAGCAGCAAGAGACCCCAUUUUCUACGCUCAUCACUCAAACGUAGAUCGAAUGUGGACCGUUUGGAAGACGUUAGGUAAGAAGCGAAAGGAUUUCACUGACCCCGAUUGGCUAAAUUCCUCAUUCCUUUUCUACGACGAGAAUGCAAAUCUUGUUCGAGUUAAAGUUCGUGAUUGCCUUGACAACCGAAGCUUGGGAUAUGUUUAUCAAGAUGUUGAUAUUCCAUGGCUAAAAUCAAAGCCAACUCCAAGAAAGCUAAGCAAGAAAGUGGCAUUAAAGGGUGGUCCAGGGAUUGCACUUGCAGCAGAAAUGAAUAAGAAAAAUGUAAUAUCUAGCAGUCAAUUCCCAAUAGUUUUAGACAAGAUCGUGAGUGUUAAUGUUCCCAGGCCAAGGAAAUCGAGGAGUAAAAAGGAAAAGGAAGAGGAAGAGGAAAUCUUAUUGAUAGACCAAAUUGAAUUAGAGGGAGAUUCAUUUGCCAAAUUUGAUGUAUAUGUGAAUGACGAGGAUGAUAUGACAAUUGGACCCGACAACACGGAAUUUGCUGGCAGCUUUGUAAAUGUCCCACGCAAACACAAGGGUGGGAAGAAAAUUAAGACAUGCUUGAGGUUGGGGCUAACCGAUUUGUUGGAAGAUUUGGGAGCUGAGGAUGAUGAAGGUGUUAUGGUGACUUUGGUGCCAAAAUACGGAAAGGAUAAUGUCAAGAUUGGCGGCAUCAAGAUUGAGUUCAUUCAAGAUUAAUAAAUGAAUCACUGAAAAUAAUGUCGGAUGCUUUUGAUUUUGGAAAUCUUCGUUAUUUGUAGUGAAAAAUGUUAAUGGCUUCUCUUUUCUGUUGAUUAAUUUGUCCCUAUCGUUCUAUAAAUGUAUAAAUAAAUGACAAUGAUCGACUUCAUUUUUUAUUUUCAUCUGCUCUAUUAUUAAAUUAUUAAGACUGAAAUGGUAUUAAUGGUUAUAAGAAAGGUCAUGCUCAAUUAUUUACUUGAUUCAACAUUAAGAAAUAUAUGAACAGACAAUGAGAGAUCGAUCACUUAACAAGUUUGGUAAUUCAUCCUACUCAGCUAACUUUCACGUUUCAACAAUCAAAGUUAACUCGUCAUUUUUAGAAGUCUUCAAACAGUAUUUUACAUAAAAUUAACGUGAUGAAACAUAAAUGUAAUGGAAAACCGAUAUCUUGAGAGGUAAUCAAGGUCAAGAAAAGCAUGCUACUAUGAAGUUUGAAUAGCUUUGUAAAACUGAUCAGUGGUGGUUUCCAUUUGGAAGUUUGUCCCCUGCAUCCAAUUAAAGAGAAAAUGUCAACUUGCCGUACUUGAAAAAUGAGACAAAACUAAGAUCGAGACAGAAAGGAUUUUUUAUUUUUUUCGCUAAAGGAAGCUGAAUAUGAUUCU